AUGAACUCGUCAAACUACGGCGGUUCCAGCCGUCUGAUGGAAUUCAAGGUCAAAGAUCUAACGGUUGACAAACGGCGGCUCGUCGAAGUUUCUGACAACGCCACUCUAGCAGAUGCCUUGAACACCAUGGUAAAGCAUUGUUUAUGUAAAUGUAGUCCUAGUUUAGAAAUCAGAUUCAAAAUCGACCGAGCUGUGCCAGUAGCUGCGGCACCAGGCCAAUGGCUCGGGGCUGGCGGGUCGACGAUAGUAGAGUCGGACAAAGAGACCGGACGUGCAAGAAAACAGUACAUAGGAAUGGUGACAAUGCUUGAUGUUGUGGCUCACAUCGCCGGUGACAACGGAGAGAGUGGGCUCGACAAGAAAAUGGCUGCUCCUGUCACUUCUAUCAUUGGUCAUUGUCCUGAGGGUCUCAGCCUUUGGUCUCUCAAUCCUAAUACCAGCAUAAUGGAUUGUAUGGAGAUGUUGAGCAAAGGAAUCCAUAGAGUAUUGGUUCCAUUGGAUAGUAAGAUAGAGAAUAUCUCAGGACCUGAGUUGGUAGAGUCAGCUUCUGCUUACACAAUGCUGACUCAGAUGGAUCUCAUUUCCUUCUUCCUUGAUCGAUCUUCCCAUCUCCAAAGUAUCCUUUCCCGCACCAUCGCUGAUCUCUCCGCUAUACACGACACCGUUUUAGCCCUCUCUAGCCUGGCCAGAGUAAAAGAUGCAAUUAAAUGCAUGAGUAAGGCAAUGCUCAAUGCCGUUCCCAUUGUUGAAGCCUUAAGCGAUGAAGAGAAUCGUAAACAGCUCGUGGACGGGAAACAUCGGAGAGUGGUGGGGACGUUCUCGGCGAGUGAUCUAAAGGGAUGUCACUUAGCCACGUUGCGUUCUUGGUUGCCGUUAAAUGCACUGGAGUUCGUCGAGAAAAUCCCAAGAACCCCCUUGUUCGCCCCUGACACGUCAACACCUGGGAGGGAGCUCGUGACGUGUCACGUGAGUUUCACGUUGGACCAAGUGAUCCGUAUGGUCACCACGAAACGUGUACACAGAGUUUGGGUAGUAGACCAUAACGAUAAGCUACAAGGCCUUGUUUCUCUUACUGACAUUAUCGGCGCAGUCCGAUUCGCUUUGCUAUCCAGUGGUCCGGAUGAUCUAUAA